GUUCAACACUGCCCCAGUUCACCACUUCCAGACCAUUUAUUCCGGCCGUGCUCUUUUGUCUCGAACAUGGAGCCCCCUGCCAAGCGGUCGCGCAAGUUGCUCGACGACGAUAGCUCUAGUGACUCGGGAGAUGACUCUGGCGGAGUCCCUAUCACCAAUGAGGACGUUACAUUCAAGAUCAACGAGGACUAUGCGCGUCGCUUUGAAUACAACAAGAAGCGGGAAGAGAAGCAGCAGUUAGAAUCGAAAUUCGGCAAGUCGUCGCUCGGAAAGCGCCAUGAUCGCGAUGACGAGUCUGGUGACUCGGACGACUCAACUUCGGAGGAGGAAGACGAGGAUGGUGAAUUGGCCACUACGGCCAUGGAUGCUGAGAUCAUGGCGACCUUGAAAGCUAUCCGAUCGAAAGACCCCCGCGUUUACGACAACAAUGCCACCUUCUACACCCCAGUCGACGAGGAAGCGACCGCGGAGAACAAAGAAAAGAAGCACAAGCCCAUGACCCUUCACGAUUACCAUCGCGAGAACCUGUUAAGCGGUGCCAACCUGGCAGAGGAGGAGACGCCUAGGACCUAUGCUCAGGAGCAGGAAGAACUGAAGAAUGCGGUGGUGAGGGAGAUGCAUGCUGCCAACGCAUCGGCUGACGAGGAUGACGAGGAUGACUUCCUUGUCGCCAAGUCUGCACCUGAGCCUCUUCCACCAGCCAAGGUGGACCUCAAUGUGGAGAAUGCGGACAAAGACCCAGAGACUUUCCUUUCAAACUUCAUGUCCUCAAGAGCAUGGAUUCCUGCCGGCAGAUCCGAACUGCAGCCUUUUGAGUCUGACGACGAGGAUGAAGAUCAGCGAGCAGAGGUCUUCGAGGAGGCGUACAACUUCCGCUUUGAGGAUCCCAGCAAAAUGAACGCAGCCCUGAUUACUCACUCUCGUGGCAUGACCAACAAGCAGUCGGUUCGCAGAGAUGAAAAGAGCAGCAGGAAGAAGCGCAGAGAUGCAGAGCAGCAGCAGAAGGACGACGAGAAGAAGCAGCGUGAAAUCGAGAAGAACCGCCUUCGCAAGCUGAAGAUGGAGGAGCUCCAACAAAAGAUCAACCAGAUCAAAGAGGUUGCCGGUAUCCGUGCAUCCAAGAUGACUGAUGAUGAUUGGGUUGGGUUUUUGGACGCCGCCUGGGAUGACAAGAACUGGGAAGAAGAGAUGCACAAGCGUUUCGGCGAAGACUACUAUGCGGAGGACGGCAGGGAAGGGAGUGGCGACGAGUCUGGAAGCAAGAAGAAGCGUCCCAAGAAGCCCACGUGGGACGACGACAUCGACAUCAAAGACCUUGUGCCCGAUUUCGUCGAUGACGACGACGAGAAGCUUGCAUUGGAUGGGUCUGAUGUCGAGAUGGAGGACGAUGAAGAGAGCGGCAACAAGAAGAGCAAGGCCCAGGAGAGACGAGACCUGAAGCGCGAAUCCCGCAAAGACCGACUUCGUAUCGAGGAGGCCGUGGACCGCAACCUGGAUCUUGACAUCAGCCUUCUUCCCGGUGCGACCAGGAAGAACGCUAGCGGAUUCCGUUACCGCGAAACAUCGCCUCAGAGUUUCGGUCUGACAGCCCGGGAUAUCCUCAUGGCCGACGACACCCACCUGAACCAGUUUGCCGGCCUGAAGAAGCUUGCUUCGUUCCGUGAAGCCGAGAAGAAGCAGCGGGAUCAGAAGAGGCUGGGCAAGAAGGCCCGUCUAAGGCAAUGGCGCAAGGAUACUUUCGGUGAUGAAGAAGGACCCGCAAUUCCUCUGGAAAGCCCAGAUGCGCCUGCACCGGCGAAGAGUGCCGAAGCUGGCGAUGUUGACAUCCGUGACGGCGAGCCCAAGAAGAAGAAGAGAAAGAGGUCCAAGAAGCACUGAGCGUGUGCUUUUUCUAGUUCAUGACUUACAGCACAUGCAUCUGGGACGUUCAGGGUUUAAUUGUUUAUGAUAGGGCGUGUCAAUAUCAAAUGCUGUCUAUUCUUCUACCAUUUAUUCAAAAGUUUGCGAUAUAUAUUUACCCGAUCUGCAUAAUAUAGACAUGCAUUUGUACAUAAGAGAGUCUUGUUUACGUAUCCCAUGCACUGUUGAAAAUGCUGUUGCACCUGCUUAGCCAAUCAGGAUACUCCUUUGUGUUGUUUUCUAUUUAUACCUGUUUCUCUUUCACCGUUUGUAGAC